AUGAGCCAAACAAAGAACCAGACGCUACGGCCGGUGAGCAUGGCCGACUCAGAAAAGACAGCUGCGCGUAGCGUGGGCGAUCUCGAGAAGAAGGAGAUGGGUGUUGGCGAGAGCGGUUUGCCUUCGCGCGCUGCCUCCGUGCACGAUAGGAUCACCGACGAGAAGGAGGCACAGGUCAACGAGAAGCGCAACUCGAAACCCAGCAACAGCGACGAGGAGGACGACUUCGAAUAUCCCACCAAAUGGAAGCUUGCCAUCAUCACAUUGGCACUGUGUCUUUCUGUCUUCUGCAUGGCGCUGGACAACACAAUCAUCGCAACAGCCAUUCCUCGUAUAACAGAUCAGUUCAAAGCACUCAACGAUGUCGGCUGGUAUGGUUCGUCGUACCUGCUCACCACUUGCGCGACCCAGCUUCUGUACGGAAAGUUCUACACGUUCUACUCGAUUAAGUGGGUCUACAUCACUGCCCUGUUCAUCUUCGAAGUCGGUUCUCUGAUCUGCGGUGUUGCGCCCAACUCCACCGCACUCAUCAUCGGUCGCGCAGUCGCCGGCGUGGGCGCUGCUGGCAUCUUCAGCGGUGCCAUUCUCAUCAUCGCAAGCACAGUUCCUCUACGCCAACGUCCGGCCUACAUGGGUCUGAUUGGUGGCAUGUACGGCGUUGCGUCAGUUGCUGGACCCUUGAUGGGUGGAGCCUUUACCGAUCACCUGACAUGGCGAUGGUGCUUUUAUAUCAACCUCCCCCUAGGGGCCGUCACCGCUGCGUUCAUCAUUCCGUUCUUCACAAUCACUCGCCGUGGCAAGAAGAGCGAGGCUACAUUCAGGGAGCAGAUCAAGAAGUUUGAUCUCGAGGGUACCGCACUGUUUUUGCCUGCCAUCAUCUGCCUACUACUUGCUCUGCAGUGGGGUGGUAGCAAGUACGCGUGGGGCAGCGGGCGUAUCAUUGCGCUUUUGGUCCUUUUCGUUGUGCUCAUCAGUGGAUUCAUUGCUGUGCAGUGGUGGAAGCAAGAGGACGCGACCGUGCCUCCUCGCGUCUUCCUCAACCGCAAUGUCUGGGGAUCGGCUUUGUUCGGAGCCAUGCUCGGUUCAUCCUUCUUCGUCAUGGUCUACUAUCUGCCCAUCUGGUUCCAAGCUGUCAAGGGUGUAUCGGCCACCAAAUCCGGCAUCAUGAACCUACCUGCCAUUCUCGGCCUCGUUAUCGUCUCGAUGCUUGCUGGUGGUCUCGUCACCUACUUUGGCUACUACACGCCCUUUAUGCUCCUCUCCUCGGUCCUGAUGGCCAUCGGAGCUGGUCUUUUGUCGACGUUUGAAACCGACACCAACUCGCCCAAGUGGAUUGGCUACCAGUUCAUCUUCGGAGCGGGUGUUGGUUUCGGCAUGCAGCAGAUUCUGGUUGCCGUACAAACGGUGCUGCCGGCCGACGACAUACCCAUCGGCACGGCCACGAUGAUGUUCAGCCAGACGCUUGGUGGUGCUCUGUUCAUCUCGGUGGGGCAGAACGUGUUUACGAACCAGCUGAUCAAGAACCUUCACACGGUGGUACCUGAACUGGAUGCGAGCUUUGUGCUGACGGUGGGUGCGACGGAGCUGAAGAAGCAGAUCGAGGAGCGGUUCCUGCCUGGUGUGCUCUCAGCGUACAACCUCACGCUGACGCAGACGUUCUACGUGUCUGUAGCAGCAGGCGCCAUGUCGAUAGUCGGGGCGGCGUUUGUGGAGUGGAAGAGCAUGAAGGGCAAGAAGAUUGAGAUGGCGAUGGCGUAG